CUCACAAAACCCAAAAAGAAAAAAAUCAAACCACCAAGCCAACUCUUUUCACUCACGAGUUACCAUGACCAACCAAGAGCCUUCAUCAAACCCUACCACCACCACCGCCACCGCCACCACCACCACCACCGGUCUAAUCAUCUCCAAAACAGAAAUCCUCCGAUCAUUCCUUUCUACAUCCGCCACCAACACUCACCUCUCUCAAGACCUCCGUCAAAUCGCCGCAUCUCUAUCUCACAAUCACUCUUCUGUGCCCUACCGAUCUCUCCGCUCCAUUUGGUCCGCAUCCGAUCCGUUAACCCGACCCGAUCUAUCCGCUCUGUUAGCCGGAUCACAGUUUGUUCUUACCAGUCCUAAACCUCGCCAGAAGAGUGAGGAGUUGAAAGCAAGGCUCAGGAAAUUCGAGGAAGCGGCGGAGAGGAAAGCGUAUAAGGAGAUGGUUAAGGAUAUUACACCACAAAGGGACGAAAGUGAGCCAUUUUCUUCGUACAAGGAUCAAAUAGGAUUUGGUUUGCAUGUCGCUCUUACGAUGUUUACAGGCUAUUUGGUUGGAUAUUAUACAUUCAGGGCAUUGUUUGGACAUAAUGUAGUAAUGCAUGCUGCUGGAGGCAUCCUUGGAUUGGUUGUCGGCAUGCUUGUAGAAACGCUUCUUUUUAUAAUACGCGCAUCCAACCAAGAUCGUGAUCGUAAGACGACUUUCACAGCUUCUAAGAUAAAGAAGAAUCAAUAGAUCUUCUUGUCUUUACAGGUUUUACAUCCUUACUCUUGAUGGGAGAUGUUGGAUCUAUAAUGCUUAACUGGAGAUUGUAGUUCGUUUUAUGGGUAUUUUUUCACGGGACUGCGAGAUACAACAGUAGUCACUCACAUUACUGUCAAAGUUCCAAAAAGGCAUCCAGGGAUUACCUUAAUCGCCCACGUGAAACAUAAGUCCUGGGUACUCGUCAUGGUUGAUAACACAAUGACAAACAAUGAGCAUUUAGGGGAACGUCUACAGGAGAGCAUAAAUGGUAUGAAAAUCACUAAGAUUAAAAUUGACAAAGAGCAUUCAUAUUGCUCUACAUAAGGUUUGCGGAUGCAAGCCAUGAAUAAAUGGUCAAAUAUCUUCUCAGAUGGUUUGGUUCUAACCUCAACUCCAGAUGGUCAAAAUAUAGCCAAGGGCAUUAAAGAAGCAUAGCAUACAAUUACCAUCUACCAACACUAAAGAAGCAUAGCAACUAUGAAGACUUCACAAUCGUUAUACUCCAAAAUGAAUAUUGAGAAACAUACCUAACUUAUAUUUGAAAAAAGUUCACUACUGGGACAUGCCAUGGAAAGCUUCAGAACAAAGAAACACGUAUAUGACAAGACUAUAGAAAUAUGUUGGUUGGAAUAUUCAGUUUUACAAAGUAAUGCAUAUUCCGAUGCGUCAUUGACCCAUUUAAGAAAA